AUGGACGUUGGAAAGCCGCCCCAGAAAGGACCGGAAUUCUGCCACAUUGAGGCCUCACAGAGUGAUGAAUCCGUACAGCCCGUCAUCGAAUACGUAAAGGAGAUCCUGAAGCCACUCUCAAGCGCUGGUACUCCCGAGCCCGACCUCAUACGCAUCACCCUCGAGUUGCCCUCCGUGAAUUACUACUUGCACAGCAAAGCGCCGCUGCCAAAAGAGCUCCUAAAGAUGUACUCCCUGAGGAAGCAAAACACGCCUACGAAGGCCCUAUUCCCAGCAUACCUGCGGUUGGUAGCAGAAAAGUGGGAUGAAGUCCUGCUGAUGGAGGAAAAGGAAAAGGCGUCGGCAGCAGAGUAA